CUAUCGUGGGAGGCCACUAUCUGAUAAAGCGCAUUGUCGGUUAUCUAAACUUGCCAAUGCCGUUUAGUGCAGGUGUUGGUGAGUCCCCGAAAUAACAAAAACCUUCACCGUAGGAACCCAACAAACACCUGUCCGAAACUCAUAAGCUCAGCUCCACCACAACCAGCCUGCUCCGCCACUCUCUCAGCGGCGUUCAUGGAGUCCCAAGCCGGCGGUUCCGUAUUCUCCCACGUCCCUCAGGUCCCUGAAGUCCCACUUUACGCGAUGCAGGCUGCUUAUGGCAAAGACCCAAGUCCUCAGAAGCUGAAUUUGGGCAUUGGUGUUUACAGAACUGAGGAUGGGAGACCUGUCCUUUUAGAUGUGGUUAGUCGAGCGGAGCGGUUACUAGUCAAUGACUUGUCCAGUUUUAAGGAGUAUCUUCCUAUUACUGGAAUGCCAGAUUUCAACAGAUUGAGUGCUGCACUCGUUUUGGGUGCUGACAGCCCUGCUAUAAGGGACAAUAGAGUGACUACUGCCCAGUGCUUGUCUGGUAGCGGUUCAAUAAGGAUUGGAGCCGAUUUUUUAGCAAAGCAUUACGGUCAACAUCGUAUAGUGUACAUGUCCCAGCAAACAUAUGGAAACCACCCAAAUUUUUUCUCAGCGGCGGGGAUAGCUAUUAAGACUUACCGUUACUAUGACCCAGGAACGCGUGGACUGGACUUUCAAGGCAUGCUGGAAGAUCUUCGUUCUUCCCCAACAGGAGCUAUCGUGCUUCUCCAAGCAUGUGCGCAAAACCCCACUGGUGUUGAUCCAACUAUGUCACAGUGGGAGCAGAUAAGACAGUUGAUCAGAUCAAAAGGGUUGUUACCGUUUUUUGACUGUGCUUAUCAGGGUUUUGUCAGUGGAAAUCUGGAAGAGGAUGCGCAAUCUAUUCGCCUUUUUGUUGCUGAUGGUGGUGAAAGCCUUAUAGCCCAGUCAUAUUCAAAGAAUAUGGGACUUUACGGAGAACGUGUUGGGGCACUCAGCAUUGUUUGCAAGACAGCAGAAGUGGCUAGUAAUGUCGAAAGCCAGCUGAAACUCGUGAUCAGGCCCAUGUAUUCUAACCCACCCAUUCAUGGGGCAGCCAUAGUGGCUGCUAUCCUAAAGGACAGGGAUAUGUACAAUGAAUGGAGUAAUGAAGUGAAGGCAAUGGCUGACCGCCUUAUGAGCAUGCGCCAACACCUAUUCAAUGCGCUGCGUGACAAAGGUACUCCUGGUGACUGGAGUCACAUAAUCAGGCAAGUGGGGAUGUUUACUUUCUCAGGAUUGAGCCCUGAACAAGUUGCCUUCAUUACAAAAGAGUACCACAUCUACUUGCCAUCUGAUGGGAGGAUUAACAUGGCAGGUCUUGGUCCUAAGACAGUUCCUCAUCUUGCAGAUGCAAUACAUGCAGCUGUAACCACUGCUGUCUAAGCCAAUGUUGAAGUGCAAAAGAGGGCCAAAUUGAAAUUCCCUUGUAAUCCAAGGGCCACACUAGAAAUGAAUUAUUUUCCAUUGGUAUUAAAAAUAGAAAAUGUGAAGGAAUGAAUUAUUGUCAAUGACAUUUAUGUUAUGUCCAUCCACUAAUUGGUGUAACCCUUGAGCCAAUGAUUCCUCAAUUGAAUAGACAUUCAUUUCUCAA